AUGGCUUUCAAUGCUGCAAGUUCCAGCAGUGCAAGUUCAAGUACAGGAGCUGUUAGGAUGGGCAGGGCUCAACAACAUAAUCAGCCAUAUCCCCCUGCAGGCUCGAGAGGAGCCAAGCCAUCGGUUGUUCUGAAUCCUGAACUGUGGGAAGACCUCGGCAAUCCAGCUAUUCCCCCUGCUAUGUCUCCAUGGCACGCUGCCCUGAAGGACAUGAAUAAGGAUGCAAAAAGGGUUAGUCCCAAUGUGCCCAAGGUAGCUUACUUCUUUCCCAGCCUGAGUCUGUUUGUGAGGGGCGAGUCCUCCAAUCGCCAGCAGAGGUACCUAAGGAAUUGGCUAGUCUCUCAAGUGGGUUGGAUCACUCAUCUUUCUGCCUUGGAUGCAUCUCCUGUUAUCCCUCAGUCCUGGUGGGAUUUCCUGAACACAAUUCCCAAGCAGAUUUCAUCCACAUUUUCUGGUGACUGA